CUUUCAAGAGAGGGAAGAGAUAUACUUCGAGAAAAAACUCUAGCAUAGAUAAUCUAAGUACAAGAGACAAAAGGCUGACUCUAUUGAAGAGGUGUAAUCAGUUGGUCAGAAGGCAACACAUUUGGAAAGGAAGAUAUUGGAAUUUAAAGGUUCAACUUUGCCAAAGCCAGAAUUUGCCAGAAAGCUAAUAUUGAAAGAGUCGAAACGCACAAAGAGGCGAAACAUCGAAUUUCAAUUCUAUUGAAAAACGUUUCCUAAGCUGGUCACACAAGAUUACAAAAUAUAAAGGAUUGCAAUUCAUAAAGUUUCAAGAAUCAAUCGAGGAAAAAGGAAGGGACGCAUUUUUGAGAAAGGUCAGACAAAAUACGAAAUAUAUAAAGAAUAAGCUUUAAAGUUAGAUUCCAUUGACGAAUUUACCUUAACUGAGCGCAAAGUAUCACAUUUGAUAGAGAAGACUUUUCAGUGAAGAAGUCAGGCGAAUAAAGGCGGGCCAAGCUUUUGUAAGGCUAUUUACGAAAAAGACAAAGCCUCGAAUUUGGAUUCUAUUCAGAACUUUUCAUUAUCACAAAAGAACAUAACUUAACUGAUACAGAAACAUAUUUGAUUAGCCAUCUACGAAAAUGGAGUACCAAGAUUUCACAUUUUCAAUGCCGACCUGCUACCAGCUUGGCAUCCCAAAUGAACCUUCGGCGGCCGAAAUCCAAGGGAUGGCCUACCCCUUUCCCCCACAAAUGGUACCCGUUCCCCAUCCUCUAUACGAUUGCAAUUUGGAACCCGCUUUCAUACGGAAACGGAAUGAACGCGAACGAAUUCGCGUGCGACACGUAAACGAGGGCUACGCGAGACUCCGUGAACACCUUCCGAACGAACCCACCGAAAAACGCAUGUCGAAAGUCGAGACUCUACGAGCCGCCAUCCGCUACAUUCGAAGAUUGGAGUUGCUGCUUGAUAACGCGAAGGACAAAUCAGUUUUGUCUCAGAAGAAUGCUACUGGUGACAAAGAAAAAUGAUAUAUGAACCCAAUAUUAGUUCUAGAAACUAUAAAAUAGUUCUCGAAUUGCUCUGUAUAUCAGAUAAAAAAUAAUAUGACUUGUGUGUAAAUUCUACCAUGCCAAUUGACCAUUUGCGUAAUAGACAAAAUUUUGAUCUAAACAAGUCUAGACAAAAAUUUCAUCACAGCUUGAAAGAGCAUCACAAAAUUAGUAAUAUUCC